AAGUAAAUAAUCUGAGUACUUCUUCCACCUCUGGUAGUUUUGCUACUUUAACAGAAGUGAGACAUCACAGUAAUUCUAUCCCUCGAGUAAUACAAAAACUGAACCGCGUGACUAACAGGCCGACAGGUUACAGAACGUGGUGUUACACCGGAACUAAGGAGCCCUCCUGUUUGUUUCCAUCCGGACAAUGUGAAAGACGAACCAAACACCCGCCGCAACAACCACACUUUUUUUGUAGUUUCCUCGGUGUGCUGUGUUUACUUUAGGAGUCAGGUAUUCUUUUGCACACAGCACUUCCUGUUCAAAUAUUGUUUCAUAAAGUUAGGAUUGGCGCUUAAGCGGGAAAGCUAAACAAGCAAAGGGCUAACGAGUCAUGCUGCUGGUGGAUCCCAGCCUGUACAUCGGCACUGCGGCUGACCUCAAUGACAGCCAGGGAUUGGCCGCCGCAGCUGUCACUCACAUCCUGUCUGUUGACUCUGUGGACCCCGCCCCUCUGGUUCCUGCUGGUGGGAACUUUCACAGGAAGUGGGUCAAUGUUCUGGAUGAGGUGACCUCUGACCUUCUUAGUCACAUGGAUGACUGCUUCCUGUUCAUUCAGGAGGCUGUGGAUGGAGGUGGGGCUGUACUCGUUCACUGUCAGGCCGGCAGGAGUCGCAGUGCCACCAUCAUCACCUCCUACCUGAUGAAGAAACACAAGCUGAGCUUCACCGAGGCUUACCACCGGCUGAAGACUGCCAAACAGGACGUCCAGGUGAACAGUGGCUUUGAGGAGCAGCUGCGUCUGUACGAGGCUCUGCACUGUGAAGUGGACACCUCCAGUCCUCUGUACAAACAGUACAGACUGAUCAAGAUCACUGAGAAGUAUCCUGAGAUGCAGCACAUUCCCAGGGAGCUGUUUGCCACUGACCCCGCCCACUGCAGGUCCUCUGAAGUGUCCUAUCGCUGCAGGAAGUGCAGGAGAGCUCUGUUCCGGGGCUCCAGUAUUCUCAGUCACCCUGUGGGAGAAGGAGCGCAGGCCUUUGGUCACAAGAAGUCCGGCAACUGCAGCGGAGACGUCCACUGCACGUCCUACUUCAUAGAGCCCGUACAGUGGAUGGAGCCAGCUUUAGUUGGAGUGACGGAUGGACAGCUGCUGUGUCCUAAGUGCAGCUCUAAGCUGGGCUCGUUCAGCUGGUGUGGGGAUCGGUGUUCGUGCGGUCGCUGGGUCACCCCCGCCUUCCAGCUGCACCACAACAGAGUGGACGAGAUCCGACAAAUCAACAUCCAGAAAUAAGUGCAGAACUAUCAGUCUAAGAGCGGGACCGCCUGGGACUGGAGGGAAACGCAUGAUAGAACUUCAGUCACUUCACAUCAGGAGGCCUUUGAAAUGUUUAAAACACUUUUGCAAACUUCAAUUAUUUAAGUUUUGCAGAUAUUGGUGCUAAAAUAAUCAGUCUUAUAUUCUGAUUAAUCAGAAAAUACCUAUGGUGUUUUCAUAUUCCAAUAACCAAAAGGUGGCUUUAAUGGAUAUUUGCAUAUUAACAAAGUGAAAAAGGUAUUGCCAAAACUGAAUUGAAUACCACAACUAAUAUUCUUGUGUGCUCCCCUUGACUUUCUAUCUGUUUUAUAAAUCUGAAAGUAGGACAGCUCUGUAAUACACACAAAGCAUGUAAAUAAAUGAAAAAUAAAAACAUUUGUAAAUAUCAAAA